AUGGUGCUGUCAAUGCUUGUGCGACGCACUGCGCUCCGCAGAGUCCCUCUGACCAAGCCAAUUCCCACAAUAUACUCACGGACUCUCAUGACCCUCCCCUCCUUCUCCCUCGAAGGCAAGACGUGCACAGUAACAGGCGCAGCACGAGGCCUAGGCAAAGAAAUCCUAACCGCAUUCUCAAUGAGCGGCGCAAAAGGAGCCUGCAUCGACCUCUCCCUCUCCUCAGAUCAACAAUCAGUCGCCCACAUCAAAUCGCAUAUAUCCUCCUCAACCCCUUUUAAAUCCUCCGAGCCCUCCUACGAGCCCGAACUUCGGGCCUACGCAUGUGACGUGACAUCCGAAUCUCAAGUCCAAGAAACAUUCCAAUCGAUCAUCAAAGACUUUGGCAAACUCGAUGUUUUGGUUACCGCUGCGGGGAUUGUAGAGAAUUGGGAGGCGGAGAAGUAUCCGUAUGAGAGGUAGAAGAAGAUGUUGGAUAUCAACCUGAAUGGUAGUUUUUUGUGCGCAAAGGAGGCGGGAAGGUAUUGGAUCAAAGAAGAGAUGAGAGGGAAUCUAAUUUUUGUUGGUAGUAUGAGUGGACUUAUUUGUGUACGGCCUCAGAAACAAUCUGCGUACAAUGCGGUAGGUGCACUUUCCAAACUAAAAUAACUUAGGAUAUCUGGUUCGAGGCUUAUACAUCUACCAUACCCAGUCCAAAGCAGCAGUCCACCUCCUCUCCAACUCCCUCGCAACAGAAGUAAGUUCCUAUCCCCUCUCCCCUUCCCUCCUUACCAUGCACAAACAACCCUUACCUUCCCAGUGGGGACCAAAAGGCAUCCGCGUAAACAGUCUCUCACCCGGCUACAUCAAAACCGACCUCGUCAAAGAUCUCCUCGACCGGGAAGGUCGUCACCUCGAGGAGAACUGGGUGAUAGAUAUUCCGCUGGGAAGACUAGCGCAUCCUAGUGAGUUCCAGGGUACGGCUGUUUGGAUGGCUAGUGAGGCUAGUAGUCAUCUGAAUGGUAGUAAUAUUGUGAGUCUUGCCGUUUCUCUCAGAGUGGAGGUUGUAGUUUGAUGGGUGAGGGUGUGAAUGAACGAGCUGCGCUGAUUUUGGGGAUAGGUUGUUGAUGGUGGGUAUUGCUGUUACCAACUCGCAGAAUGAGGUAUGGG